CGUAAACAAGAGAUUUGAUUCGUCUGCUGCUUCGUCCUUGUUGACAUAAUUAUCUGUCAAAGAGAGUAUGGAUCGAGCUGUAUUGUUGUCCCGUGUUUCGGUUUGAUUUUCGGAUUAAUUUGGCCUGCGCUGCUGCAUGCGGCACCGCUUUCUCCGCCAAACCGAUCGAAAUGGCUGACCUUGAGAAGGAGGAGAGCCACAAUCUGCAUGUCGAGUUCCAGUGGGUGCUGCACCACGAGGUGCACAACAUCCUGCAGCAGCUGCUGAGCAUCCUGGAGGAGUGCCACCGCCGCUUUCCCUUGAUCAACAGCGAGACGACGCAGCCGCUGAAGCAGGAAAAGUUCCUCAUGUCGCCGUCCCACCUGACCACGCAGGACCAGGUCAAGUGCGUGGCCACCCUGACCGGAGACAGCAUCUGCCACGCCGAGAUCCAACUCAAGUCUCGGCGGCAGCAGAACGUCGUCCACCGCACCAGCGUCACCAGCGACUGUCCGUGGAAGCUGCAGCAGGUGCAGGACGCCGCCAACCACCUGCAACAGGCCAUCAGGAUGAUCGAGAACGUGCACGAUGAUUAUAAAUUCAAGUCUUCGGAGGAGGUUCUGCACCUGUUGGGCGCCAUUCUCAGCUGUGUGCAGAGGUCCAGGACCAUCCUGUUGGUGCCCAGGAAGCGCUCCAUGGACGAUUUGAUUAACAGCAAGAACAUGAAGUCGUUGCUGCCGCCGCUGCCGAACGAAAUCGCGGUGAGCUUUUACAUCCAGAGCCACAAGCUGAUUUUCGCCGUGUACCAAGUGAGCAUGGUGCACGGUGCGCUCAAGUUCGACACUUCGCAGGCCGAGUGUUCCAUUCCGUGGCUCAACGAGGUGCUCGUCCUGCUCACUGUCGGCCUCCAGACCUGCCAGCAGCUCAAGGACAAGAUUUGCGUGUUCGCGCAGUACCGCGAUUUCUACGCCACCUCUCGAGCAGGCUCGGUCGCGACCUGAGCCGCUCCUUUCUCUGUGUUUUGGUGUUCGUUUUAUCGUUUAACUCGAAUUUAAAUUAUUUAAUUCCAUAAUUUUUUUACUAUCGUUUGCCUCUGAAAUUUUGAUUGAUUCGUUUGUCGUUGUUCCAAUAGACAUUCGCUUAGGCCAAAGACGCAAACCUAUAUACAUCAUAUGGAUAGCUAGACAAUACAUAUUUAAUCUGAUAGAGCAGUUGUUGAACUUGUUGUUACUCUUUAACCGUUGAAAACAUGUAACUUAGUCGAUUAAAAUCAAUUAUCUACGCUCACAUUUCGCGUGUAUUCAUAAUUCAAGCCGGAUUUAGUCAAGAAGAAGCUUACAAUUCGAUCUGGAGUGAUCACGUCGUAGAAGCUGUGUGAUUUUAAAAAUAUGAAAGCAAUAAAAAAGUCAAUGUUAAAGAGAGAAAGGA